UGAAGGAGGGACUUCUCAGCGCCUGCGUAGGUGAGUGAGUGAGUGAGUGCCUACUUCACAGUUACUUAGAGCCUGGGACUACACUUCCACUUAUUCCUCCGGAUUUUCAAAUUGGUAUUUGCAAGAGGGAAAACAAUCACGUAGAUCUCACGCGCACUCGAUCCGCUCCAGACGCCAUGAAGAAUCCCGUGUACUGGGUCGUCCUGGCUGGAAUAUCCAUCGCUUUGAUUCAACAAGGUCUGCCUGUCCGUAGUCAGGGAGAAUCCCAAUCCGAUAACAAACAGAUGGACAAUAUCACCAUCAGGCAAGGAGAGACGCUCUUCCUCAGUUGCUUACAAGGGGACUUUGUGACACACACAGCGUGGCUCAACAGAUCAAGUAUACUGUACGCCGGAGAGGAUAAGUGGUCCGUGGACCCCCGGGUGAGUUUGGUUACUCUGAACCAGGAUGAGUUCACCAUCAAAAUUGAGGAUGUGGACUUGACGGAUGAGGGCCAAUACAUCUGCGCUGUGCAGACUAGCAGCAGACCCCGAACCACAUCCGUGCACAUCAUCGUUCAAGUUCCUCCAAAGAUCGUGAACCUGUCGAAGGACCUUGUGGUGAAUGAAGGCUCCAACGUGACUUUAAUGUGCCUGGCUAACGGAAAACCAGAACCUGCCAUUGGCUGGAGGAUGUUAUCACCUUCAGAUGACAGCCUAAGCUCAGACAGCGAGGUUCUGGAGAUUCCCUUCAUCAGCAGAUAUAGAGCAGGAGUGUAUGAAUGCACCGCAUCCAACGACAUUGCAGUGGACACACAGACUGUUGAGCUCACAGUCAACUACCCUCCCAGUGUUUCAGAUGGCAGAGACGUUGGCGUGACCCUGGGUCAGAGAGGUGUCCUGCAGUGUGAGGCAGAUGCUGUACCCGAGGCAGAUUUUGAGUGGUACAGAGAUGACAGGAGGAUCUUCAAUGACUUUGAUGGCAUUGAGAUCGAGGAUGCCGGAGCAUUUUCAAAGCUGACAUUCUUCAACGUGUCCGAGACAGACUAUGGCAAUUACACCUGCGUUGCUAUCAACAAACUUGGGAGCGCUAACACAAGCAUCAUCCUAUACGAAAUAAUUGAACCCACUAGUUCGACGCUAUUGCAAGCGGAGACGGCUUCAGUUUUAGAAAUGACUUCAUCCGAUUUAGAGCAAACAGCCUUUGAAAACAAUGCUUUGUUGGAAGGACCCGGAGCAGUUCAGGAUGGCAACAGCGGCACGUCAACGGUCUUCACACCCACCUGUCUACUUCUCGUCGUACUUCUACAACUCUUGCUCAAGUUUUGAUGCCGAAGAUGUUUCCAGUGGAUAAAGAUCACAGUCUGUGUGACAUCGCUCUCAUCUUGGAGUCACAAAUUGUGCAUGGGUUACCGAAAAUGCCCCAAAAUGUGCAUGGGGUACCCAAGUACUUCCUUUUAAUAAAGUAAUCAUGCGUUUCUUUUGUUUAUAAUAGAGUUUAAUAAUGUAACUUCUCUUACAUUGCUAAUUGUCGCACUGUUUUGCCCCACUGAAUACGGUUUGUAUUCACUAAAAGCAAAUGACAGAGAGGCAUGUUUAAUUUGAAAUAUUUAAUUUAAUUUAUUUUUGUGACUGUUGUUUUAAUUUAACUCUGUAACCCUUAAAAAUUCAUAUAGAAUACAGUGUGAUUGGGGAGUAAAUCAUUCAAGUCAAAGGCGUGUGAUAAGGAAGGGCAUAUGUCUCCUUUUUGUUCUUUUUUUUAUUGUUGCUAUAUUUUUACUGUAUCAUAACUGUACAGCCGAUCAAAAUAAGCAGCAAAAAAGACACAAACAUGAGUACUUCUAAUCUUUAUUUGACCAUUUAACACACACAAAACAAUGCAGUACAUAUCUGUUUGUUUUUAUUUUGAUAUGUUUUGAUGACCAGCACAGUUGGACUAUGCAGAACCAUAUACAAGCUCUAUAUCGAAUGGAUUUAUUUACACCACAAAGUAAUAAAUCAGAUGUUGGAAACAUGUUAGUAUAUAUGGAAUGUCAACGUAUGAAUUGAAGUUGGAAAACGUGGCACUUGGAGCUUGUUGUAGGUGUAAUGCAAACUUAUUGGAUCCAGUUUGAAAGCCCAAAGAGCAAUCUGCUAAUACACGUUGAGUUUUAUUUUUUAUUUUUGUUACCACAAUAGUUGAAUUCUGUCCAGAGUUAUACAAACCAAACCGGGCGUUUAAAUGUUCCUGCUAACAUCUCUGUAUGUAUAUGCAUAUAUAUAACUUGUACAAAGGGAAAAUAUGCACACUUGUUUUUACUAAAAUUGUGAAACUGUUUAAUACAAUGCAACAUUUUCUAUUUUUUGUUAUUCCCUUUUUCUGAAGCUGUGUAAUUUAUUUCUCAAAUGGUAUUGUGGUAGAUACCAGCUCAUUGCAGUUGCUCUUUGUGAAAUCUCAUGUCUAAAUAUUGUGCUUUCGGAAAAAGCAGAUGAGACUCAUUUGCCCUUCAUCAUGAGCAGAUGUCCAGACGUCCUUUGUAUUCUGGGGAAAAAAAGUGAGAAUUGAUUAAGUUGGUGUUGGUUGACCUCCAAUCUAUAUUGCGAAUUUUUUAUUUUAUUUUAUUUAUUUUUUUCGGCUAUAUUUGAUAGAAUGUAUGCCUAAUGUUUCCCAUUUUUUCAUUUAAAGGAAUAGUUCUGCCAAAGAUUAAAACUCUCGUUAUUUAUUCACCCUCAUGCUUUUCCAAAGAAAGGUAAAAGUGCCAAGACAUUUAUCAGAACAACUUACGGAAGAAAAAAAAAUCGUACAGAUUUCGAAAUGACUUGAGGGUGAGUAAAUGAUGGCAGUUUUCAUUUUAAACAAUGAACAAUUCUUUAAAUAUCAUGAACCACAUAUCAGAUGGAAAUCAGUCUAUCGUUAGUCCAGUGGAUUUUAAGCACAAGUUGUAUGUUAAUGAAAGGGAAUGUGAUGUAUGUGACAGUGUGUUUUCUUGCCCCAAACUUGUAUUGUUCAGCAUUGGCAUAAUUUUUAUUUUUAUCUAUUUUUCUUUAAGACGUAGGGACCACAACCAGAUUAAGAACAGUUCACAUGUUUCAUAAAUCUGUGAGACUAAAACUGUCACGACAGUCAGAAAUCCACGUUUAUUUCAAUUGAAAAACACAAUUUAAAAAGCAUUUCACAAUAAAUGAUGUCUGUGAGUUCCUGUGUGGAAAAGAGUUCAAUGCUUAUGAAAGAGAGAGCGAUCAAUCAAUCCACCGUAUUAACAGAAACACAAGACUCAUCUGUUCAUGGCUGUAAUUCAAUUCACAUGUCCAAGUUGGUGCGAAUAAUUGACUUAAUUCCCAUCGUCCAACCUUUAAAACGACAAGCCUGGAGAAGUUCAUUUUGUUCCACUGAUCUCUGGUGGUUCCCUGGAGAGGAGCAAAUUAAGUAUUUUAACUCCUUGUAUUGUAAAGAAUUUGUUGCGUCAUAUGUUUUUCCUUUAAUGGAGAUGGUGUGUUCAUAUUUAAGACUUACAAUAAUAAAAUGUUGUAUCUAAAUAGAACUGGUCUGCAGUCUUAUUGUAAUACUUGAAGGAAGGAUAUACAUGCACCUGAGUGGCCA